GUUGGUGAGCUGUGCAUCGAUGUUGCAGCGUACUAGAGUAGUGGACGGUUUACCACAGAAGUGGUGGUACAUCAUGGACCGACCCAGCAAAGGCGGGCGGAGGAAUGAGGAAGUGUUCUUACAAGUUUCCGUUACUCUCGAUGGCACGGAGGUGAAAAGUCAGCCUACACAGAACCAAGUCUCAGCCAUGCCUUUUGAUGAGGGGACCGUUGAGGCAUCCGCACAGGGGAAGACGGGGACUCUGUCGGAGCUACAGAAUCACCAUGGCAAGGCGGUGGUAGUUUCACAAGAAAACAAUGCAGACACACCCCAUGACAACAGCGCUGAAGACAGCAAACAGUCAUCUGUCGCUGGCGAUAUCGCAGACGUCAAACAAGACUCUUCGGAUGAAGACACAGCGGACAGGUUUGCUGUUAACGAAGACAGAGACGUUGACGCGUGCAGUUCCCCUGGUAACACGGACGUGACGCCCCUUCAAGUGUCCGGUGCUGCCGACGGUCCGGAGAGGAAGAGUGAGCUGCCAAAGGGUGAAGACCCAGCUAAGACGUCCGAGGGGACAGUCAAGACUGAGCUGCAAGAGAAACCAGAGCUAGAGAAUGACAAGAUCAAUGUUACCCAGGAAAAAGAGCCGGACGCACCAUCGAACAAAAGCGGCAAGGACAGCUCACCACCAGCCGCUUUCGGCGACGUCGCAGACGUCAAAGUAGAGUCUUCAACAAGCUCGGCAUCCAGCCUACCAGCCACAGCUCCAGAUACAGCAGACAAACGCCCUGCUGCCGGAGAAGGCGAUGUCCUAGAGCGCCAUCCUUCAGUUGUCCGUGGAGAACAGACGGAUGCACCCGACAACAGCGGCGCGAAAACAGACAGUCAGGCGACAACAUCUACUCAAGGAGAAGGAGCAUCUCUUACAACAACCACCCAAUCGCCCAAACACAAGGACGCAGAAGAUCCUCAGUACCAAGAUGUCAUGUCGUCAGUCGACAAGCUGUGGGCAGAGCUCCUUCUUGAGGGAGACUAUGCGGAAAAGCUUCUCGCUCAUGCCGAAUCCCUUCGAUCCAGACUCGCCACUACCGCCCCGCAUGUUCUCCGGUACCCAGUUAUCAAGAACAUCAUCGCUGCCGUGCCCGAUCGCACAUCUUACAAGCUACCCAAAACACAAGGACUAAGUUUGUGGGAGCUGCAAGACAUCCAGAAGACCCUCACCAAGUCGGUACAAGAUGAGAAGGAACGCGCGACCUACAUCAAGCGCUGGUACUGGGAAGAACUGGUCCGCGUGGCUCUGAAAGAAGCCCCUGAAGUAUUUGGACCAGAGGACUGAUGUGACAAUUUUAUAUUACAGUUGUAAAAUGCAUUUCUGCAUGUAGUAAAUGUGUUAUUGGGAUUUAAACAAUGGUGGUAUUAUUACAACGCUAUCAGUCAAUCAAACAACACAACGCGUUGUCACCAAGGAGGCAAUUUAUAAAUUUUCAGCUGAUCCAGCUGUACGUUUGGUGUGAACAUAAAAAGGAACUUGCACUUCAGGAGCUCUUUUUUGAAGACCGAUUCAACGUUGCUGUUUAUUGUAUCAAUUAUUCGACCUUUUUCCUACACAUUAACAGAUGUCGAAACUAAGUGCAUCGUUUACUGCACCGAAUUUUUGUUCCUUUUGUCCGUUAAAUAUUCGAUUUGACCAACGUUUUCCAUCCCUACACUCGCUACUAUAAUUUUCUUUUUUCGCUGUAACCACUGCAGAAAGACAUUGUUAAAAUUAGAAAGUUUUGCCAAGGCGCCAAUUGUAUUCACAUUGAUAGUAACAAGGAAAAAAGUGCAACAAUCGUUGAAUCACCACCUUUUCUUUUGUACUUUUGAACUUUAUCAUGGAAUGUAUCUACCAUGAC